GUGAGCUGUGAUUGGUCACAGCUUGUCACAUGGUACAAGGCCGUUGUGAAUGGCCCUGUACCAUGUGAUCAUUCACAGAUUUCACACGUAGUAAGCAAUGAUGUCAGAAGUGACAUCUUGCUUACUAUUCAUGUGAUCACUGAUUGGCCAGUCAGUGAUCACAUGAUUGGGACCUCACACAGAGGUCCCCAAUUUUCUAAAGAAAAUUGUAUAAUGUAUGGCCAGCCUUAGGCUGUACAUUAUACAAUUUUCUUGAGAAUUUUGCUUUAGAUUUACCAAAAACCUUAUAAUAUGAGGUCAAACCCAA